CGCUAUUGAUUUGCGGAUACGCGUCAGAUUACGUGCACUGUGUGUCGGUAGAGUGGUUCCCUGCGAGAAUCGCGGCAGAUCGCUAAUUACUCGUAAGAGACUGAUCAGGGAUCAGCUGUCAAAGCACCGUUUAUGCACUGACCCCCGAGCUGUGAAAAUGGGCGUUUCUUGUACGGCGAAAGUUAACCUACUGAGGAACUUGGGUGUUGAUUGAAACUGUUGGAGCGACAAUCGCGUUCCAUGGAAAAUGUUGCUGUCAGUCUUCACAGGUGUCAUCGGCUUAGCUGUACAUAUCGUCUUUCUAUUCUCAAUAUUUGAUAUUUAUUUUAAGUCGCCCAUCAUUCACGGACUGCCGGCGUACGAAGUGCCGUUGCCUUCGCCAGCUUCGAGGCUGGUGCUCAUCGUUGCAGACGGUCUUCGCGCGGAUAAGAUAUUCGAACUUCAGAAAAAUGGAACAUCAAGAGCGCCAUACCUGAGGUCAAUUAUCACUGAAAAAGGAAGCUGGGGAGUGUCGCACACACGUGUGCCAACUGAGUCAAGGCCUGGCCAUGUUGCCCUCAUAGCAGGAUUUUAUGAAGAUGUCAGUGCAGUCACCAAAGGAUGGAAGCAAAAUCCUGUAGAAUUCGAUUCAGUGUUCAACAGAAGUCGACAUGUCUGGGCAUGGGGUGCAGCAGACAUGGUACACCUAUUCACAAAGGGGGACCAUGAAAAGCAUGUUCAUGCGCACACUUAUGAUACAAAUGAGAUUGACUUUGCUGAUGAGGAUGCCUCCAGGCUUGACUUAUGGGUCUUUGGAAAGAUUCAGGAGUUUCUUCACAGUGCAGCAGAUAAUCAGACACUGACUGAAAUGCUCAGGCAGGACAAGAUAGUUUUCUUUUUGCACCUUCUUGGUUUGGAUACCAUAGGACACGGUUAUAACCCUGACUCCACAGAGUACUAUGAAAACAUUGCAUUGGUUGACCGAAACAUCAAGCAUAUGGUAAAGCUCAUUGAAGAGUUUUAUCAAGAAGAUGGCAAAACUGCUUAUAUCUUUACAUCGGAUCAUGGAAUGACGGAUUGGGGUAAUCAUGGAGCAGGAAACCCCUCUGAAACUGAAACGCCUCUUAUUGCCUGGGGAGCAGGGAUUGCACCACCGCGGUUAUCAGGGCGUGAUGGCUACUACGAUGGAUACUCGGAAGCUUGGAACCUUUCACUAUACAGAAGAGUGGACAUUAAUCAGGCUGAUAUGGCACCUCUCAUGGCUGUUCUCUUGGGUGUGCCUAUCCCAAUCAAUUCCCUAGGCGUCUUGCCUGUUGAAUACCUCAACACUGACUGGCACUUCAGAGCAGUGGCACUUCUUACAAAUGCUAGGCAAAUCCUAGCACAGUUCCAACAGCAAAAACAGAUUAUAGAAGACACAACAUUCUCUCUUUUCUUUCGUCAGUUCAGGGACAUGAUGCCCAAAAGGCAGCAUGAGCUGAUUGAGAUGAUCGAGACUUUACUCAAGCAGUCGAGGUACAAGGAGGCAGUACAAGUCAUCGAAAAGUUCAUUGAGCUCUCUCUAAAAGGGCUUGUGUACUAUCAAAAGUAUGACAGAUUGACCUUGAGCAUUGCAGUAGCGCUUGGAUUCACUGGCUGGAUGGCAUUUGUAAUUCUUCUUAUUCUACGCAACUAUACUGGCAUCAUGUGCAAGUCAUUAGAAAGUCAGUCGAACAAGAGGAGUCAAGAUUGGCAAGGAAAAGUGAAGAUUAUUUCGACGUCCAUUUUAGUGCUGUUUUUGUCAACGAUGCUCCUCUAUGUGCAAAAUGCACGUGUUAUGUACUAUUUUUACUUCCUCAUCCCGAUUAUUCUAUGGACAAUGGUUUUUUAUGAGCUUGAUGUCUACUACGAAGCUAAAGCAUACCUGAGGCGUUUCAACGUAAAAAUGUGGUUUCUUACUAUGACCGUGGUUGCAAUUUCGGCAAUGGAGCUUGUGGUCAUCACCUUUUUCUACAGAGGUAUUAUGUCUCUUGGGCUCCUGGUAAUAGGCUUCUGGCCUUUCAGCACCACUUUAUCAAAGAAAAUGUGUUGUACCUGGUUGAUAGGAUGUGUUGUGCUUGGGAUAUUUCCUCUUUUGCCUGUGAUUGGCAAACAGCACAACUAUACCUUGGUGACACUUUCUGGCUGGGUCAGCAUCAUUAUAUUUUCAUAUUGUGCCAGAAGCAUAGUUCCACAGUUAUCUGUGGAACUUGCACAGAUUACCAAGUCGCACAUCAAGCUCUUUGUUGUGUUGAUUUGGGUGGCCAUUGCAAUAGUAAGAAGCACUGCAGACAGCAUUGAGCGCAAAGAGGGGCUGCCAUUAUUCAACCAAAUAUUGUCAUGGCUUCUGCUGGUUCUUUCCCCAGUUUUAUGCCUCUUCUCAACCACAAGUCUCUUGAACAGGCUGCAGAACCUAACAUUGUCACUGCUGGUUCCAUUUCUUCUGAUGUGCAUCUUCUACGAAAGCCUGUUCUUUAUGGCAUUAUGCUUUGUGAUGUUUCUCUGGAUCUGCAUUGAACACCAGCUUUCAGGCUCUACACUGAGGCUACAAGACAUGACUUUUGAGUCUCUAGAUGCUUCAUCACAAACAAAGGUUGUAACAUAUCAUAUACGAAUUGAUGAUAUCCGAAAGGCCUACUUCUUUAUUUUCUUUAUGCUUGUUGCAUUUUAUGGCACUGGGAACAUUGCCAGUCUGAACAGCUUUUCCAUAUCAAGCUUCUACUGUUUCAUGACAGUAUUUCGACCAUUCACUAUGGCUGCCAUCCUGCUGAUCAAGGUCUUGAUCCCGUUACUCAUAGUGAGCUGUGCCUUUCGAGCCCUUCUACAGUCAAUUAAGGUAUCGAACACGGCCCUCUUCCUUCUAGUCGUUGUCUUGUCAGACUUCACUGCAUUGCACUUCUUUUUUUUCAUCAAAGACAGUGGCAGUUGGCUUGACAUUGGAAUGUCGAUCAGCCAUUAUUUGCUUGCCAUGGGAAUGAUCAUCUUCACAGCAGUGUUCCAUGGCCUCGCCUGGUUCAUGACCACAUUCUCACUUGAGUGCUCUGGACAUGAGUUGAAACGCCAUCUUUUGUGACAUAUUCCAAGUUUAGUAUUUUACAAACACUUUAGCACUGUCACGUAUGGCCAAGAAGUUUGAAGGUGCCACCUCACAUUCCUUAAAUCAGCCGUAUCCGUGCUCUGUUGUGUGUUGUAUUUAUUAGUGAAAUCUAAACUUUUCAGGAUAGCUCAUUAUUUAUACCUUUUCAUAAUUUACUUAAAUUGCCUCUUGCACCAGUGAAGUCCGUAUUGUCUGUCUUUAUUACAUUACACAGUAAGGCAUGUCAACUCUGUAAGGGCCUCCUCGUUCUUUAUUUAUUCAUACAUGAACCUCAGUGUGUCUCUUCACCGUGUGAUUGUGUCAUCUAUAAAAAAAAAACUGGCUAUUCUGUGAAAUUUGCUUAUAGCAAAUAUUUUCUGCCUGAGUUUAUUCGGUGUACAAAAAAUAAAAAACACAGUUUCUCUUGAUUUAAUUUUAUGUCCACCAUGAAUUUUGAUGAGCUACAGGAUAUGAACUCUAAGCCUUGGUUUGUACUAAUAUUGUAGAUUCUGUUCUAGAAUAAGUGCCCGAUUCUUAGACUUUUUUCAGGUAACUGUCCUAAGUUAAUAUAUCAUGGUAGAAUAUUUAAACGAAAUUGCUUCACCAAAUGCAUCUUUGUCAUACAUUUGUGUUUUUUUUUCUUUGUUGAAAGUCACUUGCUGGAUUGAAUGGUCAAAAUGUGUGACUUGGAAGGAAUAAUGCUGUGUUGUAGCUGAGCAGGGAGAUAGGUUGCUGAUGCUCACUGCAGUGCUGGAACACUCGAAAGAUCUUCAUGCAGAUUAUGAUGUAAAAACCUAGUAGCAAGAUACACUUUUGGCAAAAACAAAUUUGUAACUGAUAGUCCAUUAUAUAAAAUAUAUCUACAUGCCACUUUUGCACUCAUUUAUUGUAUGAAAGGGUUUUAGGGGGAUAAAUUAAUUAAAGAGCUUCAUUCUACAAGGUGUUAAUGACAGCUGUACCACCACUGAGGGCUAUAUUAGUUUUUUGAUAGACGACUAAGUGUAUGCAUGACAUCAUCUGAUUCAUAUCGGGAAAUAUGAAGCUGUGCAUGAUAGUUGACCUCAUAUAUUUACAGACCUUAUCAUUGUGCAGAAAAAAAAAUUGUGGUUUCAACGUUUGUUGCUGUUUUUAAUUCCUUGCUAAGAAGUGUGUUGAUAUUUUAAGUGGCACAAUGCUUAUGAAAGUUAUUUAACAAAGCAAUUGAGAACCUUUAUAUUCUGUAUCAGUUGUGCAUUAGUAUUUGAACUGCAGUAACAUUCUUAGCAAAUGAUUUGACUUAUGCAGUGCUGGUUAAGUGCAGUGCAUGUUUUUGAAACCUAAUCCACGAGUUUUUGAGGUAAACUUUUGCAUUUUCCAGUGCCUCGAGGGCAAGGUCGAGUGCUAGAAGUGAUCAAACACCUCUGUCGAAGAACUUGAAAAAAAUAAAAGCUUCAGGUGUAAUGCUUAUUGAGGGAAACAUUCCCAAGAUGUAUAUUCAGGGUUAGAAAAUGUGUGGAAGUGCAGUGUAUCCAGCACAGUGUAAGUAGGAAUCAUUCAGGGAGGCUGUGUAUGUGUGAUGUAGAACGUUACUGGUGCCAAAUUCACUGUGCUGGAGUAACAGUACAGUGUUUAUAUUUAUACUGUCCUGUUUACACUUUAACAAUGUGGUAGCUAUAGAAUAAAUGAAGCGUUGAAAUUAAGUAUUACAACGAUGGAUAGAACUCCACACACAUUAUUCAUGAGGAGUGAGUGUACUUAAUGUGCCGCUGUUUAAUUUUUUGGAAUAAAGAUUUUUAUGCAUACAUGCA